CGAGCCGAGCGGAGCCGAACCGAGCCGAGCCGAACCGUCAGCAGGGAGAGACCGAGCAAGCGAGCGCUGAAGUCCGGAUCCCAGGACGCGCUUUCUUUUUUCCUCCUCUUUCUGUUUCUCUUUCUCCUUCUCCUCCUCCUCCUCCUCCUCCUGUAGUGCGGAGUCCGGGAUCCGCGGAGCCGGGAAAAAUGAGUCUGCACAUCUUUAAUGACGAGAACGCAGGCGCUGACCCGACUUCAGAAAAUGACAACUUCCUGUUUCCACAACUGGAGCCCACAGGAAGGCCGUCAAUCCUCCGGCUGUCGCAGAAAGAAAAUGUGCCUCCAAAAAACCUCCCGAAAGCAAUGAAGGUCACCUUUCAAACGCCAAGGCGAGAUCCUCAAACUCAGAAAAUUGUUAGUCCUGGCAUGCCCGGAAGACCGGAGAUCCUCUUGGCCCUUGAGGACAACUGUCCAGACAAUCUGGAGAACACUCUGAUCCCUACACCUGGCGGGGACGGGGCUCAGCUGCUGGUGGGACAAGUAGAUGCCAGAAGCCUGGAGGACGAUGUGACAGACCUUCCCCAUCUCCCAGAGGAAGUGGCAGCAGGGGCAGGGAAUGGCCCUCUGUCCCACAGCACUGACCUCGGCAGUAUGGAGGGUGAUCCAAAUGCCCCUGCUGCCCCCUCCCUGACAAGAGAAUCUCCUGAGUGCACAGGGAAGCCACCCACCACUGGGGUCAGAGACCCAGAGAAGGCCUCAGGAGACAACAGCAGAGACUCCUUAUCCCUGAAUGACACGAUCCCAAUGACUCUCGACGACCCCAUCCCAGUGACCACGGAGAGCCUGAUCGUGUCUCAGGGCAUGAAGCUGAGUGUGCUUGUGUCCAUCCAGCCUGAAAAGGGACUCGAGGGAAGCAGUGAUGGCCUCCAUUCAGCGGCAGGGACCAGCAGCCUGCCCGGACUCACGGAGAGGCCCCACGACAACGUCCCGGGACAAACUCUGUUGCUAGGGCCGAGGCCCUAUGAUGGGGCACAGGCCUUCUCUGCGGAACCAGGGAGCAAGGGACCGGAGCUUGGGGGCGAUGGCGCUGAGCAGAUGGGCGUCCUCCCAACCAACACCACACAUGGUCAUCCCGAACCCAGCUCGGCAUCCGACCCUCCAGCCAUCCCGCAAGCAUCGUAUCCCUUUGACCCCGACAGCAUAGACCAACUCGAUCCUUUCAGAAUGGGGGGUUCCAAGCUAGUGAAUUCUCCCGUAGCUGCAGAGGUGCCGCUUCAGAAGUCUGAACCAGUUAGACUGGAGUUCGACUUUUCCGACAGCAGCGUGGUCCGAAAGCCACCGCCGAGGAAACUAGGGAAGAAGCCUGGAAUGAAACCUCUCUCUACAAAGCCCGUGGUCUCCCAGGAGAAGACUAAAGAGAAGCCCAGGGGAAAGAGGGAGGCCCAAGGCGAUGCCCCACUGAUAGUGGCUGCUCCUCCUCCUUCUCCUCCUCCUUCUCCUCCUCCUUCUCCUCCAAAAGCCUCUUAUAACUUGGACUGGGAGAAAUUUGAUGAUCCCAACUUCAACCCAUUUGGAGGAGGAUCCAAAUUUCCUAGUUCUCUCGAGCCCCAUAGAGGCAGUGAGGAGAGGCCACACAGCCAGGAAGAGGAAGCUGAUGGAGCGGAAGUGGAAGCCCUUUCCAAGGCUCUGGAACAGAGAAGCCAACCUGAUGAGGACGGUGACAGAGAAGCUGUAAAUGAGCAAGCUACUGCACCAUUUGCUGUUCAAGAGAAGCCUGUGGAUCAUGCAGAAGUCUCAAGAGCAUUGGCUGAGGACUUUCAGGAAUCAAAAGUGAUCUCUUUGGAUACCUCCUCAAAUUGCACAACUGUUUCAAGUAAUGCAGAUUUAAUUGGCAAUACAAGUUCUUCUCAAGAUGAGCUGGGGCCCCAGCCACCUCUAACGAACUGUGAACCCAAAAGAGAAGCCACUGAAACUGAAGAAAUCUUCAGACCUCCAGAAGAAGUUCUAGGCCUGGGAAUAGAAAUUGACUACCUGGAGCAAUUUGGAAUGUCUUCUUUCAAGGAGUCUGCCUUGCGAAAGCAAUCCUUGUAUCUGAAGUUUGACCCGUUGCUGAAAGACAGUCCCAAGAAAGCGCCUGCAGGCUCUACUGACACAAACAGGUCGCUUCCCGAUGAUGCCAAGAUGGCCCUGAAACUGCCAAGUGAGGCCACCCUAUAUGAAUUGGACUUUCUGGGCGCGUUCCCUGUUCCUGCUUUGGAGGCUCUUCCAGGCCCUGAAGGGACCGGAGCUCCACCACCAGCCACUGAUGUACCCGUCUCUGUAGAGGCAAUCAUAGAUGUACUCAAGUACAGCCAGAAAGACCUGGACCUGGCUGUAGGAGCUGUUAAACUAGAGGUGGCAGAAAAAGAAGCAGAGCUGUUGAAAACGAAAAAGGAAUUUGAAAAAUUCCACUUAGAAUAUGUAGAGAUGGGAAAAAUUGUGGUGGAAUACGAAGGUAUCAUAACGCAAAUGAUGGAGGAUGCACAGAAACAAAAGGCACUGGCAGAGCAACAGCAGGAGCAGGCCAAGGCAGACGUCCAGAAGGUGUUGGAAGAGAAACAGCAGCAGCUUGCUGACCUGAACUCUGUGGAAAAAUCUUUCUCCGAGCUGUUCAAACGCUUUGAAAAGCAGAAGGAAGUCUUGGAGGGCUACCGCAAGAAUGAAGAGGCACUGAAGAAGUGCGUGGAAGAUUAUGUAUCAAGAAUCAACAAAGAGGAACAGAGGUAUCAAGCACUAAAGGCUCAUGCAGAGGAGAAACUGAAUGUAGCAAACGAAGAAAUUGCCCAGGCGAGAAGCAAAGCGAGAGGCGAGAUUGCAGCUCUGCAGGCCAACCUGCGUAAGGAACAGAUGCGUGUCCAGUCCCUGGAGCGAACCCUCGAGCAGAAGGCCAAAGAAAAUGAAGAGCUGACUAAGAUUUGCGAUGACUUGAUUGCUGGGAUGGAAAAGAUCUGAUGGCUGUUGGACACUUUACUUUGAGAAUUGUUGUUGUUUUUGUUGUUUGUUUUUUUUUGUGUGUAAAAUAGGGUUCUUGCCCCUUUUUUAAACCUUCCUUAUUGUAUAUAUGUCUCAGAGUUUUGGAAGCAGACUGAAGACUUAAAAAAUAAAGUGACUUAUUUCCAAUAA